CAAGCAAGCAGAAGAACCGUGCCGACGGUGCUGUGCGUAGUGUUUGGCGUAUUUUGCUCGUAUUAUCGUAAUUCGCAGUGAUGAACCUGAAGAACACAAGCGUGCAUAAAAUUGAAUCAUCGUCGUCGUCGCGUCUCACGGAGUGCUAAUCGGUAGAAAAUUUCCGUCGCAUAGUUUUCGGUUUCAUUGAUAAAGUUGUAUACUUGAGUCGUGGUGUGAUUUUGUGCUUGGUUUGGAAUUUAGUUUUCGACGGGAAAGGGCAAAAAAAUUGUUAUAAUUACAAUUUAAAUAGCCUCUGCUACAAACAAUAUGGGCGAAUGAGUGCUUUCACAAGAGAGAGGAAUCACAACCAGCAGAGUGUGUGUGUGUGUGUGUGCGAGAGAAAGAGAGGGAAAGAGCGCCGAAUGGAUAACAGUGAUCAAGCAGUGAAGUAGACUACGGUUGGUCGGUCGGUCGGUCGUUCUGUUUGUCGGAUGAAUGAAGAAAAGCGACAAAGAAGCAAAAUCGGAUCAAAAAUUUUUGAAGUGCAAUGUUUUCUUCUCGAGGUGCCGUCCGUGAAUAUUCAGGUGUUUCCAGUUGGAAAUGAAUGGCAUACAAACAUUCUAAUUCAAUAAAGAGGUGCUCGUUGUUGUGGAAAAGUGGAAAAAAAAGUGCUCCAGUAGGGGAAGUGACGACGAAUCUUGAAUAAUUUAGCGCCGAAGACAACACGCAAAAAAAAGUAAAAUUCAGCAUAGCACAGUGCAGCAGAAGCAGCUUCACCAUUUGGUUGGUUGAUUUGGUGCGAAAGACAAGGAUUACUAUGCGCUAACUUGCUAAUGAGAUUUUUUUCUUACUGUAAACGUGGCCGACCGUAGAAAAAGAGUGACAACUUUCGGAAGUUUGUUUCCUCCCGUCGCAUUAUGGACAGACGCGCCAAAAAGAGUGGGUAGAGGAGAUACCAAGAAGAAUAUUGUCAGCUAAAAUAAAAAAGGAAAAAAAAAACGCAGAAAUUACUUCAAAACAACAUUUGUGCCGAACGGUUAACGAGAUGCAGCCACCACGCAAUGUUAGGAAGAGAACCACCGGCCAGUAGUAGUGACAAGGGGCGGAGGGUGGCGGAGGCGGUCCCUGUUGGGGAGAAACCAUCACCUCGAAGUAGAAAGCUAUACCACCAUCACCAUCACCACCACCGGCACUGUCCCCGCUACAACAGGUCAUAAAGCACAUCGCGUGCGUUCGCCGUGUUGAACCAACCCACCAGCUCCUGUACCGGUCACCCCUUAAGCCGGCUACCGUCGGCCCCGGCUCGACGAUCUAACGGUGCCCUUUUCCUUGAAGCAAAGCAAAACUCAAACCCCGAUCUACUCUGAGCAAAGGACUACUCCAUCGAACGGACACUGGUUGGACAACGAAGCAGCAGAAACUCAUUCCGUCAAAGUAGCGGAAGGUCAGCUUGCUGGAAAUAACAUUGGCCUACAAAGUGCACGGAACAAGCCUGCAGUCGCCGUCAGCACGCGAACUCCGAAACGUGAAACUGUUGCGGUCGUAGGGCUUUAGGCAGGGAAACCUUUGCUUGCUUGCCAACUAGCCAGCAGCUGAUUCGGAAGUAUCCAUGUUUGGACCCAAGAACGAAAGGAUGGAUCUGAACGAAUGUCUACAGUCCGCCUCGGAGAUUGUCGAGAAUCGACUGUACUUCGUGGCAUUCAAGAAAGACUUCAAACCGAGAGGCACCUCCAACACGCACUACUUCACGAUCGACGACGAGUUGGUGUACGAGAACUUCUACAAUGAUUUCGGCCCGUUGAAUAUCUGCAUGCUGUAUCGGUACUGUCAUCUGCUGAACGAGAAGCUUCGCUCGGCACAGCAUGCGCGCAAAAAGAUCGUACACUACACCUCGAUGGAUGCGUCGAAGCGGUUGAAUGCGGCCUACCUGAUCGGGGCGUACUCGGUGAUCUAUCUGAAACGGACCCCGGACGAGGCCCUGAAACCGCUGACCAGCGGAUGUAACGUGUUGACCUACACGAAAUUCUGCGAUGCCUCGUACGUGUACUCCGGCUACCGAAUAUCGCUGUACGAUUGUAUUCAUGCGGUAGCGAAAGCCCUGGAAGCGGGCUUCUUCAACUUUGCGGAUUUCGAUUCGCAACAGUACGAAUACUACGAACGGGUGGAGAACGGAGACUUCAAUUGGAUCGUGCCGGAUAAGUUUUUAGCAUUCUGUGGACCACACAGCAAGUCCCGGCUUGACAAUGGCUAUCCGAUUCAUGCUCCCGAGACGUACUUCGAGUACUUUAGGAAGUACAACGUGACGACGAUUAUUCGAUUGAACGUGAAAAUUUACGAUGCCGCUAGGUUUACGGUGGCUGGUUUUACCCACCAUGAUCUGUUCUUCGUCGACGGUAGUACACCGAAUGAUGCCAUAUUGAAGAAGUUUUUGACGAUCUGCGAGCAGACGGAGGGAGCGAUAGCGGUUCACUGUAAAGCUGGUCUCGGACGAACGGGAACCCUAAUCGGAGCCUAUCUCAUCAAGCACUACAAUUUCAACGCGCUGGAAGCGAUUGCCUGGUUGCGGCUGUGCCGUCCAGGUUCCGUCAUCGGACAUCAGCAGCAGUGGAUGCUGAGCAAGGAAGCAUUUCUGAUGAACGAAGGAAACGCGUAUCGCAAGCGGCACGCCGUCGGCAAGCCGAUCAAGCAUGAGUACGGUAUUUACAGUGUUAAACAGUAUUCGGAUCGGAAGGGAAAACAACAACCCUGCACCGAAACCGUCCGCGGAGGUCUAUCAACAUCGUCCGGUUCUUCGUCAUCUGCCUCGUCGGCGACUUCGUCCACAACGGCCACUCCGGUGGUAACGAGUAAAGUUCCCGAUCAUAGCAGCAGCAGCAGCAGCACCUGUCGGGGACAGAUGCUACUGAAGGAACGUGUGCGGGGGAUCUCCCAUAAAGUGGACACGAUGCGACUGAACGACGAAGAAGAGCAAAACAAUGCACUGAACAAUAAUUUCGACGGUGGAACAACCACCAGACUGUCGGUCGAUGUGGUUGAUUCUGCGCCACUAAGUUUGGAUCAGAAAUGUGCAACCAUUCCGGUAACGCGGCGGUCGAAAACCGUCCGCACCAGCCGGUUGAUUUCACUGGAACAGUCGCAGCAAACCCAGGGCGACAAACUGAACCAGAUCAAGGCAAUGCGGCGGAGACCGUCGCGAUCGGCAAACGUCAUUACCCAGUGUCACGACGAACCGCCCACUAACAAUCGGUUCAAUCUGAACCAACUGCAUCAACACUAUCACCAUCAUCAUCACCACUAUCAUCAUCAUCACACUCGUGCUAAAUCUCAACCAUUCCGCAAUACUACCGCUAUUAAUCCGAACAACAACAACAACAACCACAACAACAAUGUCAUCUCGAACAACAUCAUCAACAACAACAGUGAUCGAAUCGCUGCUGCUGCAAUCAGUGUUGCCAGUGUGCAAGCCAAUAAUCUCUUGAAUCAAAUCGCCUCAUCCUGCAAUCGCCAUUCCGCAAUUCUGACACCGCCAACAUCGUCCUCCUCAUCGACGACAAACGCUGAAGCAGUGGCGACGGAGGUGGACCCCCCAAAACAGCCAUCCGGAGCGUCGAUGACAUCGUUACGGUCCGGCAACAACAACACAGUGCCAUCGGAUUCAUCCGGAGGAGCACCUGCUUCGGUUGCUACCCGACACCAGACGGUACCGGUGCCGUCGGCGACGGUUCCAAGCAACACUAGAGCCAGAGCAGUUGCGGGAGAGGACAGUAGCACCGGAAAGGAUCAACUAACAACCACUACAUCUAUUACUAGCAGCACCAUCACAAACACUAACAGCAGUGCCAAUGGCAAUGAAGAAUCUACGGAAACCACAACAGCGCAAGUAACAAAUACGUCCAGAGGAGGAGCAGGAUGCUACGUGUCAAAUCUCUUGAUACCGUGCUCCACAAGGCAGAACAAUCGGUUGUUCAGUAAGAGAUCUGUUUCAACAAAUCAACAAAAGAACAAAAAGAACGUGCAGAACCUGGCCGAAGCAGCUCAGAUCCAGUCUCAACAACAGGGGCCGACUCCCGUUUCCGGAACGAACUCAACGACGAUCACCACCACGACAACCUGCAACACCCCAUCGACCGUCAUCAAGCUAACCGUCAAGGACGAGGUGAAGCCGAGAGCGUCGGUUCGAACGGUGCGGAAUAACAGCCUGGACAGCUACCACCAUCACUAUCAAUAUAUUAACAUACCGAAUAUCAUCACCUACAAGCGUGGCCGCUCGAAGAUUCCUGCUUCGGCUCGGUUGCGAUCAAGUUUGGCAGCUGAGAACUCGGCAGGCGGAACGGCUGGGACGGUCGGAAAGAAGGACGAUCCGGAUUCGGCUAUCCAGUUGAUCUUGAAUAAACCAACGACACGGCGAACCCGAAAUUCUGGCGGUGGGACGGCACCGCCACAGCUGAUCGGUGCCAUAUCAUCCGCAGUGGCGACGGCGGCGGCGGCGGCGGCAGCCGACGAACUGAAUGGGAACGGAGGUGCUGUAACGACCGAGCCCACACUGAGCGGAGACGAUCUUAAGAACAACAACGGUGACAUCAAUCUGGAGCUGACCAGCCUGGCCGGUGGUGGUGGUGUCACCAAGCGUAACAAACGAUCUCGCAGUAGUACAAAGAUUGAGAAGGAGAAACUCGACGAAAAGGGUAGCAAGGUACUACGGAAAAAUGGAGGAACCACGGCAGGAACCACCGCCAGUGGAAUACCCGUGGCAACCGGUGGGGUUUCACGGACCGGGGACUCCAAGGGAGCAAGCACCGAAAGUAUUACCUCGGCGGCCAGUACACCGACCUCGAGCUUGACACGGAAUACGUUCAGCAGCAGCUCGUUGAAUCGGAAGGUGUGCGGGACGACGAAGGUGGUGGUCGCCGGUGGAGCGCAGGAGGGUUCUGCUUCGGCAACCAAUUCGCUGAAGGCGCGAAAGAAGUAAAACGGCCGUACUCGGUUGGUGUUAUUUUUGCAAUGAAAUAGGGGGGGAAUAGCAUUUUCUGACACUAAUCCUAGAUUAGUGUGAUUGUAUUUUUUUAAGACUUCUGCAGAACAUUGUUUUUUUUUACCGGCUAAGGGAAAAGUGCAGAAUCGAUUUCUGUGAUGGGACGACGCCGUAGGUAUUGUAUGUUUCUACACAUGAUCCAGCUUAUUAGUUUUUUUUUUGGUUAACAAAAAUGCAAAACCUAUCGCAGUGCGAUAAUUAUUUACUAAAUUGUUACUAACGGGGCGUUGCCGAUAACCUGCAAUAGAUUGAGCUUCAUAGUUUAUUUUUAGACUGUAAGAUUAGUUUUAAACUCCGUUAUCCAUUUCGCGCUUUCAGUAUACAGUUUUUUUUUCAUGGGACAAACUUGCUCUCUGUUAAAGCUUCACCAAGUCUCAUGGCGUUUGAACCUGCAAAGUUUUUUUUUUAAACUAACCUUUUGAAGCAGUGAUAGGAAGGGCCUGUUUCCAGUUUGAUGAACACUAAAAUCUAGAUCCCAAACAGCUUUUGUAUAAGACAAACAGUCGCCGGAAAGGCAGUGUGCAUUGUAAAUAGCUAAAACAAACAAACAAACGAUUCGUAUGAAUAUAUGCUUGAGAUUUCGAAAGUACAAAAUGAAACUUACAUACAACAGCGGUGAAUGAGAAGCAUUUUAGUUAACAUUGGCAAACUGGUGCUAUUGUAAUUACGUUCAGACGUUAGUUUUCCUCUUUGAGACGACAAUUUGACACUUAUUCGGUGCGCUGACAAUAGCCGAACGGUGGAGUUUUGAGUUUUCUUUUCAAAUUUUAUUUCUAGCUAUUUUUGUUUAUUUAGCCUCGGAUUUCACAAGAGUUUCUAAUAGUCCUUCUAUUUGCCACAAUUCGAGCUGUACACUGGAGUUCUGAUAUGAAAAACAGUUUAAUUAAAUGGUAGGCAACUUCCGCAUCGAGUACUUCAAUAGAUUUCUCCAGUUUUUCAGAUUCAAGAUAGUGUUACCAUAUUAAUCCUUUUGCGUCAUAUUUCCAGCUAAAUUCAUUCAUUCUGAUAAACCAACAUAUUUUUGCAAUUAAAUUUGAUCGUGUUUGUGCUUGAAUUUCUUCGUUCAAAUAUGACAAUCUAUUUCCCAAAUUCCAUGCAAUUUGGAUAAGACAAGUUUUUAUCUAAGCGAAUACUACAACCUUUAAAACCAUUUGUUUCAAUAACCAAUCAAUAAAUUUUCAACGCUGUCUAGAAGUUUCGUCGUUUACUUUUUUUGAACAGAACUUCUUCCCAUUGUAUUUCUUCAGUUGGCUCGUUUUAAUAAAGCCCUGUCAGUUUACAGUUUACUUUGCAGACUAGAAUCGCAGUACCACUGUUCUUUUUUUAAAUAACAUGCCUCUUUCAACAUUUCCCAAAUUAUGCGUUCUGCAAAAUUCCGUUUUACUUCAUAAUAUCAGUCCGCCGUCCUUUUUGCAAUCACUGGAAAUGACAAACAAACGACUGUAGAAUUCAAGCGAAACAUCAUCUCAUUAUAGUACAGGAUAAAGUACGAUUCAGACGGUCCGUCACAGUCAACAUCCGUCACCGUCACCGUCAAAAUUAGUUGAAUCCUUUCGAAUGGAGACAUUCACACACGUCACCGUUACGGCCGUAACGUUUGAACGUUCCGGUAAAGCAAAUAUUAAACUAUUUUUGAUGGACGCUGACGUUCCUGAGACAGUGACGGUGACGUUUGAAUUGUACUUAAAACUACUGAUAUCGAAAAGCAACAAUAAUAAUGUCGUACCUGACCGAACGAUUAUCGAGUUUGUAUUGUCGCUGCAAUCUGCAAUUCGCUGGACAGUCCAGCGCAGCGACGUUGCCGAGCUGUCAUUUCUUAUACAUCAACUGAUAGAAUCAUGUUACUUUAUACAUAUUAUGAACCACGUACUUCAACAUAAAUGAAUACUUUGACUUGCCUCCACUAUUGAAGCACAUUACGAUGGAAUAUCACUUUCUGUAUGCGCUUUAAGUUGAUAAUGUAUGUUUAGGAGUCAAUGGGUUUGACACUGAACGUUACAAGGAAGUGAAUUUUUGUACAAUUAUGAGUGAUUAAUAUAUCGCAUGACAGUCUACUUACCAUUGGUUCACAGUGAACUUCGCUGGAGCAACAUAAUUCUCGGUUAAUUUUUCAAAAGGGCGUGUAAGCAAGUUUCUCUUUGUUUACUUUUUCUUCCAUUAAUUACCAAGCGGUUUCCACGUUUAUCACUCAACUCUGCAUGAAAUGAUACCCGCAACUUUCGACUUUCAAACAGAAUAGUGAUAUCAAAGAAAAUCUUUUUAAUCACAUCACAAUAAUCGAAAGAGAGAGUGAUUAAAGAGAAACUGUCACUUGCUUAUACGCCCUAUUGAAAAAUCAACCGAGAUAUUAUUUAAUCCACCCCGCUAAAAAAAGGACCCCGGGAGACGGCAUAAAACCUAGUCCGAUUUUUAAUCGCUGUCCAAAUAGUAUUUGCGGAAUCCCAUCACCCAUAGAUUCGCAAACAGAACUAACUCUAAAUAUUUUCCUAAAAGCAACACCCGGAACGUCAUUUGUUUAUGUUUUUUCUUCUUCACGUCUCUGUUAUUCCAAAAUUAAAUGACAACACUAAUACAUAGAAAAACGAGAUCACCAGGGUAUUUUACAUCGUGGCCGUUGUUGAACUGAAGAUUGAUUUCGUUCCAAGCUGGCAGGGUCUGGUUAAAGGUACAAUCAGGGAUGCCACUUUUACAGAUAUUCAACGUAUGCGGCAUAAAUAUUUGUAUUCACCGAUUUUUGCUAAUGUUCUAAAAGUUAUGAAGAAUAGGGUAACAGAGGUAUUUUGGCCACUUCAUAUAUUUUGGCCCACCUAACAAACUUUAUCGAUUUUAUCGGAUUUUAUUGAUGUUAAGUAACUGAUGUUGCAUAAAUUUGAAGCUAAUCACAUUAAAUUAUCCAUUGCGGAAGGGUUUUUCAAAGAUAUUACAACAUUUGGUGGAUAUUUAUUCAAAGUGGGCCAAAAUAAAAUCAAUCCUAAAGUGGGCCAAAAUACCUCUGUUACCCUAAGACCGCAUUGCAUUGUUUCAACGUGAAUCGAUUAUUCAAUCUCGCCAACGUGCAUAAAAAAAAUUCGAAUAAUAAAAUUUCAGUUCAAUCCAAAUGAUCUGAAGUCGGAAUCCGUUGUUGUAUCUGGUUCGGAGUCCAUUCCCAAGUAACAUUUUUAAUAUUAAUAAAUACUUGUAGCUGUCUUCAAUGCUACAUAAUAAAUCUUGCAUUAAAACUUUAAACUCCACGAAAGCCUACUGAAAACCUCUAUAAGAACAUGUUCCUGCCAAGUGGACCAUUCUUCAUAAGGUUUAUAAAGCAAAGUGAAGAAUCAGCAUAAACCUGCGUUAAAACUCCAAAUUCAAGAAAAUUUUGAAACCAGCUUUACGAUCAACAUUAAAUUUAUUCGGAUGGAAUGAAUCCCGCUAUGAAUAAACUUUCGUUUUAGUCAUAUUUUUCUUGACUAUGUGUUUGUCAUGUCUGCUUUGAAUGCAAUCAGUAAGAAUUUAUUAGAUUUUAUUUACGAGUUUGAGGCUUUUCCCGAACGUAGAAAUUUCAUGCGCUUCUAUUUUUAUCGUGAAUGUAUGGAUAAAAAUAUGAAUUAUAACUAAUCGCCUUGAAAUAAAUGCGGUUUUUGCGAAAGUCUUCAUAAUUUAUGAGCAUUAUUUUCUGUGAUUCAUCGUCAUUUUUGUAUAAAACUGUUUCGUGGCGUUAAAACUUGUGCAUACGUCCUGAAAAUGAAUCAUUAAAGUCCAUCAUAUUUCCCUCUUUUUUGCAUUUCGAAUUUUAUUUGAUGUCAAUAAAAGUUACGGCAAAAAACAUCAUAAUGGCGGCCAUGAAAUUUUCUUUAAUGCAAAUUACACUUAACGUAAGAUGCAAUAAAUCAAAUAGUCCACAACAAAUGUGUCAUAAAUGUACUUUAGAACCCUCAAAAUUGCUCUGAGUGAAACUGUCAUCCAAUGAACACGCACACACACAAGACUAGAUUUAUGAAAGAAUUUUACUGACAAUAAUGUUUUAAAGAAAAUUAUUGAAAGCAAUAUUAAGAGGGUUUGCAUGGUUUUAUUCUAGUGCAAAUUGUUUUAUUUUCAGCCAAGUUAUUAGUCUAGGUAAAGGGUUUUAAAGAAGCUUUAAAAACUAUGAUAUUACUUCUCAAAAGAGGCACUUAUUAUAGUUGUCAUAAAACAGGUAGUAAUUGAAAAAUCAAUUACAAAACUCCUAUAAAUUAUAAUCAAAACCAUAAGGCAUUCGAAUUGUUACUUGGGUUUGGAAAUCAUACUGAAUUUUGAAUCAAAUUCCAGACAAGAUGACGAGUACAGAUUUGCUAAACAAAAACUAGGAAAGAACAAAUUGAACUCUUUCGCCUGAGCUCUCUUUGGUAGCAAUGACGAGAUAAACGUUUCGCAAUCAGUGAACGAAUCACAAGUUGAUCUGAAAAUCUCAGAAUUGAUGAUCAACACUAAAUAUAUUGAAGAUAUCAAUAGUUGAAACUUAGACAAAUUUGAAUUGAACAUUAUGGAACUGACUGUCAAACUGAUAGUAGAAUGACUCACUCAUUAAAUAUCGAAAUGUCACAAGCUGACUUGUCAUUUUCGCUUGAAAACUUCGGAACUGGUUUAGGUUAUUUUCUUCAAACAAACCAUUUCAAUGACAUUAAAUUCGUACAUAGCGUUGGAGGUGUGCCCAAACCAGAUAUAAGAAUGAGAUUCGAAACUGACUCGAAUUUCAUUUCAAUGACAUUGGAACUAGGUUUAAAAUUUACUUCAAAUAAACGUGUGGACCGAAGUUUUUGUUAGAACUAGGUUAGUUUUGGCUUCUUGCGAAAACGACAUAAGUUCGAAACAUUGAAACCAGUUUGACAGCAGUUAGGGUGGAACUGAGACAGGCAUCUAGUGAAAAGUGCGUGUUUCGUGAUAAAAUUAAAAUCAAGCAUUUUGAGGAGUUUUUGCACGUGUGGUUGUAAAUAGAUUUGUAAUUUUGUGCUGAGCGCAGAAGCGAAGGAUUGUUGAAUUGUGGUAUUCAAAGUAGGAAAACUUUUUAGUCUGAGCAAAAUGGCGUACCAUCAUGCUUGUUUAAUAUACUAACAAAGUACUGUUUCUGUUUUAUUCUGUUUUAAAUAUAUUGUAUCAAAAUUGUUAAAAGUAUGAAACCUUUUAAAUUUUUUUUAUCUGUUAUUUUCCAUUUAUAAAUAACACAUUCAGAGUUCAAGCGUUUACUAAUUAGUUAUGUUGAAUUUACAAAACCGUACCUUAUCCCUUUUUAUUUAUAGCUUCCAUUCUUGUUUCGAAUAGUUUGAACAAUCAAAGUACCGCAACCGGUAGUUCGAAUAAUCAGUAUUUUCCCAGUUUAUCUCGCGUAAUAAGAUCUACCAUUUCACCGGAUAACAAAUUUGAAUCCUUGUUAAAAAGUAACACAUCCCUAAUCAGAGGAAUUACAAAAUUGAUUGCUGAUUGACACUGGUCAACGAUGACCGUACUUUAUCCUCUGAACAAACUCUAAACUCUAUGUAUUUAAACGUGAAACAAUCACCGUAAGCAGCAGUAGUGAGAUUGUGCAGCCAUAAUAUCAUCACCAAAUAUGCUAUUUAGCGAUGAGUAUGACAUACGUAUAUAUCUUUAGUAGCUCAUAGAAUGGUGUGCUGUUGUUAGGAAGCGUUUAUGCUAUUGGGUCGACAGUCAGUAUCCCCUACAAAUGAAGCUACAAUAGCUAAGGCACUGCAAUUUUAAUUGUACCCCUCCAACACACAUGAACACAACACACAAACACACCUGACAGGAAGAAAACCGCACCCACAGAUACAAAAAAUGAAAACAAUUAUAUCAGUAAGCUGUAGAAAAAGAAUAGAGAAGCUUGGUAACAUAUAACAGAACAAAUAACACAAAAUUUCUACACUGAACAAAUAUAUGUUAGGAGUAUAACUGGUCAUAUGAAUCUUAACAAAAAAUAUAUAAAAUAAACGGAAACAGCGAAAAGAAUCACUAUAGAAACUAUAAAUCCGAAUGGGAAAUGCAAUUACAAAGACACAUUCAAUCGAGAGAGAAAUA